GUGGUGCAGAAAUACAGAAUGCAGAGCGCAUUGUACGGCAGAGCACAGUGUACUCGGCUUGACGAAGGACGUAGUUAUUGUAGAGCGUUCAAACUUCUGUCUUGAUUAUUUGUAUACAUCAGUUGUAGCCAUUACAACAUGUUUAUCUUUGGAUAUGGUUCAUUAAUGUGGAAAGCAGACUUUCCCUACGUGCAAAAAAUUCCGGGCUUUGUUACAGGCUAUAUAAGAAGGUUUUGGCAGGCAAGUGAGGAUCACAGAGGCGUUCCCGGCAAGCCUGGUCGUGUGGUCACUUUGAUCUCGACGCAGAACCCAAAAGAUGUGAUCUGGGGUGUGACAUACGAGAUAGACAAAGAGGAUGAAGAAAAUGUUGUCUCGCAUCUGGAUUUUCGUGAGAAGGAUGGCUAUACCAAAAACACAGCACUAUUUUAUCCUGUAGCAAUUGAGACAACACAAGAAAUAACCAAACUCGAUCCACUUGAAGUAGUGCUGUACAUAGCCACAGAAGAUAAUAAAUUUUUCAUGAAAAAUGAAACUUUUGAGGAAACAGCUGCAUGCAUUGCAAGUGCUCAUGGACCGAGUGGCAGUAAUGCAGAAUAUUUGUUCAACCUCGCAGCAGAAAUGAGACGCAUUGCACCUCAUUAUGAUGAUACCCAUCUAUUUGCUUUAGAAAAUGCUGUACGAAAAAUACAAAGCAACAAAGAGUCUACUGCCAAAGCAUGAGCAGAAACUGAAGUUAAGAUACUCUGGGCCUCUAUACAACUUCGAUGUAUGCCCUGAUUUGACUUUCUAUAGUUCCUCUAUGCCACCUUCCCCCUCCCUCCUGACCUUCACCCCCCCCCCCUCCCCAGAAUAUUUCUUUACUUUUAUCAUCCAUUGGAGUAAGGUAAAAUCAUAAAGAUGCAUCUACAGCUGCUUUUACAUGAUCAACUUUCGUUUGUCAAUUGACUUCUCAAGACAAGUUUGCCUACUGCAGCGACCCUGGUGUUUUAUUCCUUUACAGAAUCUCAUCGGUUUCAAGUGCUCAUUUUCAUUUACACGUCAGCAAAAAAAUUUCAGAGAGAGCUGUCUGGUGUGCAGUUCGGCAUCUGAUCUGUGAAAAUGAGGUUAUGAGGAACUAUCUUUUUUAUGAAAAAUAUGGUACGUAAUGUAGGAACAAGAAAGGCUAAUGCUUUUGUACGUCCAUCCUUUUAGCAGGACAUCUCUGGGACGACGGCCGCUUAGUAUCGUGACAAAAAAAUAAACCCCUACGGCCAUCCUUAUGAUUUUAUUUUAUUUUGUCGCUACCAGUUUCGACGCUUCAUUGCAUCAUCUUCAGGCUGUUUUGAUGCGGUACAACCUGUAGCGACAAAAUAAAAUAAAAUAAAAUCAUAAGGACGGCUGUAGGUGUUUCUAUUUUUUGUCAAGAAAGGAUAAUAGUUUAUUCAUGCCAAAAGGAUUCAUAGUGGUCAUUCUAGUCAAAGGUCACAUGGUAAAUUCUUCACACUUCACUUCAGAGAACUGAAAGAAUAUGAAAAGUGUCAUCCAAACUUUUCGAACAUAAAAAAUUAUUUGUUUGAGCAUAUAUACACUUGCGAAUAUGUGAAAAAAAUCUAGAAUGCAGUAAAUAGCACCUUUUUGCUUCAUACUGUGUAUCUUGUUUUCCUUGCUAAGUGCCAAAAGCAUUGAAAAUUACUUUUCUUGACAAAUAAUUACUUUUUCGUAGUUCAAAUAAUUUUCAUUAAAACACAUGUAUCUGUUUCCAUUCUUAUUUCUGCAUAGUGUAGUAGAACAUAAGUGCCUUUGUCAUUUCAGUAUUUUGUCUAUCUUCUAAGACAACAUUAGUAGGGAAUAUUAUCAGGACCUUGUGUAACUUUGUGUGUUAAGAAAUCAUCAAAUCUAUUUCUAUAAAACGAGUGAGCUCAACCAGACUAGGGCAAUUUUCUAAUUUGAGACACUACUGAAUUCCCUUGUUUCUGUGCGUGCACAGUCUGCAACAUACUCGGAAAUUUAGAACUCCACGAAAGUUGCUAGUGUACAAAGGGGGGUAAUACUGAAUUAGCAAUGCAGCGGAGGAAGACAAAGUUGUGGAAGGGGCUAACAGUCAGUAUUAAUGCAGCUUUUAAAAAGAAAUUGUUCUCGUGUUUCAUGUUUUGUGUGUGUGUGUGUGUGUGUGUGUGUGUGUGUGUGUGUGUGUGUGUGUUGUGUCCUGACAUAAUUGGCUUUGUUGAUUUUCUUUUAUUGUGUGACAUAAUGAAAUAGGAUUGGUUACAAACUACUUACGAUUGGAAACCAGAAAGAUAUCACUUCUGUUUUUUAAAAAAUGACAUAUAUAAGCAUUACAUGAGUCUUCUAGUCCUGAUCAUAGUUUGGUAUGAUGCUGCUACAUGUGUGUCAAAAAUUUCGGCAUUACUAGGAAGACCAGAAUUAUAUUCUUUGAUGGACACUGCUUAUUUCUUAAAUAAAUAAAUAAAUCCUUGUUUGCUAGUCACACCUAUGAAGUGGUUAUAUGAGCACACUGAUAUACAGUAUUUUCUAGAAAACCAACUGUUACAGCUUGGAUUCUCCUCGGUGAGCUCUGAGCUUUGAUUGGUAUACAUGUCGUGACAUGAAUUCUUGCAACAAGAACCAUGUAUACCAUCCUGAGAAGCAUAUGCAUGAUCUGGACCACACAGUAUCAUUCUUGUUGUGAUCUGUAACAGGUUAAUGGACACUUCACAAACCAUUUUGAAAGUUUUUUUAUGAAAACUUUCAGCCUUAAGUUACCUAACAUAUUUCUGUACUGUAUUUGAUUGAUGUAUUCCUAGCUGUGAUAUUGUAUUGUGUAGUUGUAUUACCAAGUGUCUUAUUUAAAAGCAAUUUCACUGAUGUAAAGUACCUUUAGUUUGUGUGUUCACAACUGUUGAAGAAAGUAGUUUGUCAUAGUACAGAAGUCAGUAGUUCAUAUUUUUCUUGAACAACAUUCCACUGUCUUCAACUGAGUAAAGUGGUAUAUUGAAUAUGCUUGUACAAAUGAGAGUAUUUUAAUUGAAAUGAGAUGCCAUUUAAUAAAUUUGUGUUGAUAUAAAUGUACUUUACUUUUGAAAUAAAUUACUUUUAAUAUA